AUGGCUAAAGAAAUGAGCGGCAAAUUGAAAUGUACUUUGGGCAAGCAGCCUUCUGUUUUGCGUGAUCUCAGCCAAAAACUGAGCAGGGGCUUCAAUGAUGCAAUAAACAGUUUCAGUGAUGAUGGCUGGUCAUUGGUUGACUAUGAUGCUGCUGAAGAUUUGAUAAUUUGUGUUAAUUCAACCAAGAAAUUUGGCACCGAUUCAAAUUAUAAUGAUGCCCUUCCAUUGUCUGGGGGAAUCCUUUGUGUGAAAUCCUCCAUGGUGCUUCAAUUCCUGAGGGAGCAUCGCACUGAGUGGGCAGACUUUAGAGUUGAUGCACAUUCUGCUGCAUUGUUGAAAGCUGGCUCCUGUGCAUUUUCAGGGCCGGGCUCUAGUCAUUUUUCUGACACUGGCAUGCUGCUUGGGCUCACUGUUAAUAAUGAUGAGAUAUUGGAAAUAAUUCGUCUCGAAGACCAUGCUCUCCACCGAAAAGAUGCUUUCCUACAAAAUAUUUACCUAUUGCAGCUAUGUAAUGGAGUGGAAGAGAAUUCUGUGGGAGUUUGCUCAGAACUAAUUUUUGCGCCAAUUGAGGAAAGGCUCCCACAUGAUGCUGUGCUACUAUCCUCUGGAUUUCGGAUCUUAUCGUUGGGUUCAAGCAGAGUGAGUGAGAAAUAUUCUAUUCUCUGUUCCAUAUCUUCUGCUUCAAAAUUGGCAAGAUGCUAG